GAGAAAACGACAGACAAGUGGUAACAGAAAACGACGACGUUUAAGUUAGUGCAUCACUUAUCUUUAAAGAAUUGGUGGAUGAAGACAAAAACUGUAAUCGUCAAUCGUCGGGGGCCGGGACAAGGAAAAAACGAGUCGGCUCGGUCCGACGGCGAUUCCGUGACUCAGUCGUCCCCUCGCCGAUGUUACCUUAUAUCACCACAGUAAAUCCGAUUUUGUAGAUUCUCCACCUCCAAGCGAAAAAAAAGAUGAGCUUUGUUUUCCGGGGAAGUAGAGGAGAUUUAGAAAGCGGAUUCGAGAGACGAGCUAUGCGUGUUCAUGGAGCUCGACCAGUGAAUUCUAAUUCCCUCGCUUUUCUGGUUACUGUUCUUCUGCUGUUUAUGAUUCUCAAUUCGCAUCAGAUGCCUCCUAAUUUCCUGCUUUGGCUUGUGCUUGGGGUGUUUUUGAUGGCAACGACCCUUAGGAUGUAUGCGACUUGCCAACAACUUCAAGCUCAAGCUGCUGCUGCAAGUGGCCUCUUCAAUCACACUGAGCUCAGGUUGCACGUGCCUCCUUCCGUUGCCAUUGCAACGAGAGGGCGUCUUCAGGGACUUAGGCUCCAGCUGGCUCUUCUUGAUCGGGAGUUUGAUGACUUAGAUUAUGAAACUCUAAGGGCGCUUGAUUCCGAUAAUGUUCCCACAAGUUCUAUGAGCGAGGAAGAGAUAAAUGCACUUCCAGUUCAUAAGUAUAAGAAGAAGCAAGAUUCUACAAAAGGAAGUAAGAAAGGAACAGAAGACGAGCUCACUUGCUCUGUUUGCCUAGAACAAGUUACCGUAGGGGAAGUUGUUCGCAGCUUACCUUGCUUGCAUCAGUUUCAUGCAGGCUGUAUCGACCCGUGGCUAAGACAGCAAGGAACAUGUCCUGUCUGUAAAUUCAGAGCUCAUUCAGGAUGGCAAGAAGAUGUGAUCGAUGAUGGUGAUGCUUCCGACAUGGUUUGAAAGUUCGGUUUCGGACUCAUGUUAUGUUAUUAAUGUGUGUGUGAAUCGAAAUCAGCAGAUGACCAUGUGAUUGUUGAUGAUUGAUGAUGAGUUUUAACAGUUUGAUUAGUUUAAAUCAUGAAAUGGUAUCGAAGAGUUUAUACACCCUGGUCUCUUGCUUCGUAGCUUCUUCAGGCAAUACAUCAAAGUACCAUUCGUCGGUUCUUCUUGUGAUACUGAUGUUAUCUCAUGAUGUCCAUGCGUGUUAACCACGGUCUGCAUCCUCCGUCAUGUGACAUGUCUUUUGUUAAAGAAGAAGACACAUAUACUAGUUGUUUUAUAUAAGGUUGUUUAUUAAUGAAGUAUAA